AAUCCAAAGAUGCAAUUUAUAGCAACCAAAAUCCCCCCUUCUCAAAGAUUCAAAUUCAACCAUUAAAACUCCCAAAUCAACUACUAUACAUAAAUGGAAAAUUGAUACUUUCUAAGUGGUAUAUACAAAGGUCGGGUCCAGCACCAGUACCUAAAAAUGUAAAAUCUCUCCAAAUGUGGCAAAGGGAAAUCAUGCGAGGCACUCCAAAUAGAAUUACAGAGCGCCAUGCAAGAACUUGUCGUUUCCAGUCUCUAAAAAACGCCUUUCCUUUUUCAGUUUUUUUUUUUUUUUAAAUCUUCUCUUUUCACUAAAAUUAGCAUUCCUUUUUUUCUUUUUAAUGAUCAAAAGCAAAAUUUAAACUCAAGGCGAAUAGUUGUUGGUCUUUCUUCUUUUGUCUCUCAAACAUUGAAUUGAAUUUUUUUGCCUCUUGUUUUCUGUUUUUUUCUAGAAGAAACAGAGAAGAGAAAAAAAAAAUGGGUAGGGGGAAAAUAGAGAUAAAGAGAAUAGAGAAUGCUAAUAGCAGGCAAGUUACAUUCUCCAAGAGGCGUGCCGGGUUGCUUAAGAAGGCUAAGGAACUGGCUAUUCUAUGUGAUGCUGAGGUUGCUGUCAUCAUUUUCUCCAAUACUGGCAAGCUAUUUGAGUUUUCCAGUUCUGGCAUGAAGAAAACAUUUUCUAGAUACAACAAGUGUUUGCAAGGUUCUAUCGAGAUGGCUCUAGUCGAACAUAAAGCGGAGAAACAAGUCUGUAAGGAGGCGGAUAAUCUGAAGGAUGAAGUUGCAAAGCUGCAAAUGAAACAGUUACAGCUGCUGGGUAAGAACUUGACCAGCGUGAGCUUGAAAGAGCUUGAGGUCCUGGAGCAGCAGCUAAGUGAAGGGUUGUCAUCUGUGAAGGAGAAGAAGGAACAAUUGCUCAUGGAACAACUAGAGCGAUCGAGAUUACAGGAGCAGCGGGUGAUGCUUGAGAAUGAAACUUUACGCAGGCAGGUUGAGGAGCUAAGAGGUUUCUUUCCAUCAACUGAUCACCUGGUCCGAUCCUAUCUUGAGUACUAUCCUGUUGAAAGGAAGAAUUCUCUGAUGAGCCAUAACAUUCGCGGUCCAGAUGUGACCUGUGCUUGCAACCUUGAAAAGGGAGAUUCAGACACGACCUUGUAUUUGGGGUAUGUAUUUCUUACGUUUGGGAACACUUGGGAAACAAUAAGAACUGAGUUAUACUAUUAUCAAAGUAUUGCCCUUAUCAUACUAUUUUAGUCAAAUCUUUUACUGUAUUGUUUAGUCCCAUACAAUGUCUCUCUUUGAUAUCAGGUUGCCUAGUGAUCAUCCCAAGAUAAAGAAACCUGAAAGCCAUUCCAAUGACUCAGAGAGCCAAUAGGGGCCAAGAUGAUUCUUUCCUUAAUACUGUUCCCUUUGCCUCUCUAUUGGGGAUGACAAAACCAUGAUAUGGAUAUGCUACAAGUGACUCUAGUUUGGUAGUUUUUUAAAGAACCAUUUGUCCAAAUUACAGAAGUAAACACAGUGAAGUUAUAGAUGUUUCUUUUCAGGUAAUGGAUACACUUUAGGUGAAAGAGCGAGGAUAUUCGCAAAUAGGCUUUCCUUUUUGUAUCUAAAUGGUCCUAGUUUUGCUUUCCAUUGCAAUUUCCCAUUACCAACAUGAAUUAGUGAGGUUGCAGUUCAGUGUUUCAUUUGGUGACUCAGAAAAUUUUGUUCUAUUUCCGGACUUUAGCAAGAAAAACUGUUCUAUUUCCAUUAAUAAUUUUGAAGAUACAAUAUAUAAAAAAAAUGUCACACAAAUCUGUAUGUGCAUAUUUUUUCUUCUAUUUACAUUAGAAACUGGGGAUUUGAUGUUAUUGCUUGCGUUGCCGAACACCGUUAAGCAGUUCAUUUCUGGCUGCCAAUACACUCGAAAACAGGGCAUCCACUUGCUUUUCUAAAGCAUCCAUCUCCUUCUCGAAAACACCUAACUUUCCACCGAAAUCCAUGGCUGCAACACUGGUUUUCCCAGAAAGGAUUGCUGAUACUAGGGAAUUUGCUGCACUGUUCAGCUCCUUAACCUCUUUUAAUGUCUCACCUUU